CAUUGGAGCAUUUUUCUGACCACCAAACAUUUCCGUAGCAGAACGAGCGCUGAUAGGCUGAGACAUGUGACAAUGACUAACGCAAACACUCAGCCCCGCCCUCACAGUCAGACAGAUUUGUUUUUAGAACAAGUGUGAACAAAUAAACAAGUGCAACCGCAGCAGGACGGAUUUCUGCGACAAUUACUAAGAUACAGUUUUCAUCCGGAGCUGUCUGCGGUCUCAGGCCGCGCCAAAAGCCUCUGACCGCGGGCACACGUGAAGAGCCAUGGCCGCUGCGACCGUCACCUCCCGGGCAUCGGAGCGGAGCGGCCGGGUCCUGGCUCCCGGAGGAGACACCUGGAAGAGGCACAUCGUCCGUCAGCUCAAAUACCGGGACCAGAACCAGCACGCCAUGUUCCAGGAUCUAAUUCGCUUCUACACUCAGCUGUUGGACAAGUCAAGUCUGACCAAAGGAAUUCUUAACCUCUCUGCCAGACGCCCCUGUUCUGACAGUAACUCCCUCUCUGCUGUGCUACAACAGAAGAACCAGCUGAAGAAAACUACAGGAGAGCUGGCCUAUCAGGUGGUGGAACUGCAGCAGCAGAUUAAGAUCAAAGAAUGUGUUCUGGAGGAGCAGAGCGUCAGGCUGCAGGAGGAGCAGCAGCAGCUCAGCUGUUCCUCAGAUACUCAUCAGCUGCUGCAGAAGCAGGUGAACCAGGGUCAGCAGGAGAACAGGCUGCUGGAGAUGACAUACGAUGACCUGCUGGAGCGACAGAGAGAGGCGGAGUCCAGACUGAGGGAGGAGAAGCUGAAAGAGGGACACCUGCUGGAGGACAUGAUCCACCUAAAACGCCAGGCUGCCGCUCGUAUGAACAGUCGCAAUGAACGCAAGUCCAGAGCACGUGAAGCAAAUCUGCAAAAGAAGCUGCUGUCGGGGGCCAGGUCAGAGGUCACCGUAGACAGCUCCAGCGCUCCGACCUCCAGGUCCACUUCCCCUGAGAAGGAAAAUCAGAUUGAAUGGACAGAACGUCAACACACCAGACUCUUCAGAUCUUCAUCAGCCACGUCUCUGGGAAUUAUCACAUCGAUCAGAGGACUGUUUCACAAGAAGAGGCGGGGUCACUCUGUCUGCAGUCUGGACGAGGAUCUGAUGUGUCCUGUGGGAACCUGUGUGUCAGCCAGGGUUCCUGUCAGAGCUCUGCAAGUCCUGGAGGCUCACGAUCAAAGCAUUAACACAGUGAGGUUCAGCUCCAGCUCUGACCUGGUGGCCACUGGAGGAACUGACAGAGUUAUAAAGGUGUGGGACAUCAGGGCAGGCUCACUCACCCACACAGCCACACUGGAAGGCAGCAAUGAGGGCAUCACCUGUGUGGAGUUUGACCCAACAGGCUCCAGGGUCCUCGCUGCCUCCUACGACAAGUCGGCCUUAUUGUGGCGUCUGGAUGAUUCUAUACCAAAGCUGACUCUGACUGGUCACAGCAGGAAGGUGACGGCUGCCAGGUUCAGUGGUUUUCUUCAUCAUGUGGUGACAGGAAGUGCAGACAGAACCAUCCGACUGUGGGACCUGCACAGAGCUGCCUGUGUGCAGGUGGUUGAAGUGUCAUCCUUCUGCAGUGACCUCGUCUGUUCUGAGAACUGUAUCAUCAGUGGACACUAUGACUCUAAGAUCAGAGUCUGGGACACCAGGGUCACACUCUGUAGAUUUGUAAAGAACAGAACCAUUCUACAGUCAAACAGCCCAGCCUCUCCUUUGUCGUUCAGGGCCGUUAACUGUGUUCAGGAGUUUCCUGCUCAGGGUAAAGUCACUUCACUGGACCUCAGCUCUGACCAUCGUCAACUGCUCAGCUGUUGCCGUGAUGACUGCCUUCAGCUGGUGGAUCUGCGGAGAGGGAGCAAUGAACGACUGUGUUUCAGAGCUGAUGGUUUCACCUGUGGCAGUGACAGCACCAAGGCAGUCAUCAGGUCUGUCUCUGUCUUUGUCUUCGUCUUUCAGUCCAGACAGUUGUUUUAUAGCAGCUGGAUCAGCAGAUUGUUCUGUUUACAUCUGGAAUGUUUCUUCUGGAGACCUGGAGACGCGGCUACCUGACCACCACAGUUCAUCCAUCAGCGCCGUGUCCUGGUCUCUGUCUGGUAAAUACGUGGUCAGCGUGGACAAGAGUAGGCGGGCUGUGCUUUGGAGUGACAUGUAGCAGGAGCCAACCCCUGAGCACCGUCUCACGUUCACCACAGCAGACACCACACACUUCUCUCGAACCAACAUGAGAGUAAAGUGACAUUUAGGACAAUAUAGAAGAAAACUGAGAUUUUGUUUUUUUUACCAAACUUAAGAUUUAUUACCUACUGUUUAAUUAAACACAGCUCAGUGACA